AUGAGAGAUUUUCACAUUUUUAGUUAUGCAGCAAUUGGAUUUUCACUGUUACUUAGCAUACCCAGCUUUUUUAUUUCAAUCGUUGCAAUUUUGUGGCACUUUUGUUUCGCACAGACUUUAAAAAUCGCUAUUCACGACAUAACAAAGUUUCUCUACUUCCGAUCAUCACAUUGUCAAAUGAAGUUUCAAUGGCAUUACAUAAAUAUUACAAUCAACGAGGGUGAUAGUGUGACUGAAAGAUAUUGUUAUGUUGCAGAUGGCAUCAUUCGUAAAAGUGGAACAAGAAGCUUCAAUUACCUUGUCCUUUGCGUGCCAUGGCUUGUUAUGAGUCUUCUUGGUGUGAUACUUGAUAUUGCGGCAACAGUUGUUUAUUUCUCGGAUUAUAUUAAAAUUCUAUCCAAUUUCUCAGAAGCUUUAAGUCUUCUCGAAGUUUUGAAUUCUGAUAAAGUUUUACCAAUUUUUCAAGAAAAGUUUUCACAUGCUGUGUAUCCAUUUUUACUUGCUCCACAAUUUAUGUUUCUGGCAACAUCAAAAUGUUUAAUUCCACUGAUACUUGCCACCAUACUAACCAGUCUUGCUAUCAAAGCAACAUGGGAAACUAUCAAAGACAACCGAAGCAUUCAAGUAUAUAGCAAAAGAACUUUGGCUGUACCGAUUAAUGUAUGCACUACGCUUGAUAAUUUGACACUUUCUCAUGAAAAUCAUUUUGUUCUAGUUCAAUUGUCAUUCAAUUUCGCUAAAGGUUGUGCUAUUGUGAAGAUUUAUUAA